AUGUUCAAAUCAUAUAUAUCUAGAAUUGGUCAAUCCAUCAUUAGAUCAACCAAUAACCUUUCUACAACCACCAUAACUUCAUCUUCAUCUGCUUCAGCUGCUGCCGUUGCCUCAUCUAUUGUAAAUACUUCAACCUCAUCUUCUAAUGCUGCUACUUCUAAUAAUAAUACCGCCGCUACUCAAAAACCACUCAUAACUAUCUACCAUAACUCAAAUUCAUUAUUAUCCCUGAAUUUAUUUUCAAAAUUGAAUCACUACAGUGAUUUACCAAAUAAAUUCUCUAUUGAUUUAAAAUUAAAUCAAUCAUUAUCAAAUCAAGAUUAUGAUUUUAUUAAAGAUGAAUGUGUUGAUAUUCAUCCUGAUAAUAGAUCUAUUUUAAUGCAAAUUAUGAAUAUUAAACAUGAUCAAAAACAAAAUAUGGUUCAAAAUUUUCAUCAAUUACCUGAAUCACCAAAUUUUAAUAAUAAUAAUAAUAAAAAUAUAAGUUUAAUUAUUGAUUAUAAAAAUAAAUUAAUUGCUAAUGAUGAAGCUUCAUUUGAUAGAAUUAUGGUUAAUUAUUUAUCUUGUGGUAUUCAAAAUUUUCAAAGAACAAAACCAGUUUCAAAUUAUUCUUCAUUUAUGAAUAAUAAUGGUAAUAAUAAUAAGAAUGAUAAGAAUCAAAAUAAUUCUUAUAUGACAGCUCAAUCUAAUAAUAGUACUACUUCAAGUACAACAUCAUCAUCAACUUUACCUUCAAUUCAUCAAAAUUUGGUUCAUCCUCAUAUCGCAGAAUUUGCCGAUUUAUUUUAA